AAAAUCUAUUCUCUCUCUCCUUUUUGUGGUUUGUGUUUCGACCAACUCAUUCGCAAACCCUAGCUCUCUUUCCAACUUUCUCUGAGAUCUAAUUGCUUAACAAAUCCAAAAUCUUUUAACAAUGGGUUCACGAAAGAGCGACUUCGGCGAUGGAGCUAGCCCCGGAAAAAUCUUCAUUGGAGGUCUAGCGAAAGAGACUACUUUAGAACAAUUUGUGAAGUACUUUGAGAAGUAUGGGGAAAUAAUAGACUCGGUGAUUAUGAAGGACAGGCAUACUGGUAGACCUAGAGGUUUUGGGUUCAUAACUUACUCUGAUCCCACUGUCGUUGACAAUGUUAUUGCUGAAACCCAUAUUAUCAAUGACAAACAAGUUGAGAUUAAAAGAACCAUUCCGAAAGGAUCUGCUGAAUCGAAGGACUUCAAGACUAAGAAGAUUUUUGUUGGUGGCAUUCCUACUUCUAUGAAUGAAGACGAAUUCAAGGGCUUCUUCUCCAAGUAUGGGAAGGUGGUUGAUUGCGAGAUCAUAAGGGACCAUGUGUCUAAGCGGUCUCGAGGGUUUGGAUUUAUCGUGUUCGACAAUGAGCAAGUAGUUGAUAAUGUGCUGUCCGAGGGAAAUAUGAUUGAUAUGUUGGGUACCCAGGUUGAGAUCAAGAAGGCAGAACCUAAGAAACCCUCAAACCCAGCAUCAUCUGGUCAUGGCUAUGGUAGUGAGUCUAGGGGACGUGGAUACAGUGAUAGUUACGGAGGCUUUGGCAAUUCAUACAGCAGUUUUGGCAGUGGCGGUUUUGGCCCUGCUUCUUAUAGGUCUUCUGGAGGUAUGGGUGGUAGGUUUGGUGACUAUGGAUAUGGUGGUGGUGAAUAUGGUGGUAGAUAUGGAGACUUUGGCGGUGGUGAAUUUGGUGGUUACCGUGGAGAUCCCUCACUCGGCUAUUCUAGUCGCUAUGGCUCUUAUGCUGGUGGGUUUGGUGGAGGUGCUGGUGGAUAUGGUGGCAGUGGACUAAUGGCAUAUGGCCGUGGAGCUAGUUAUGGGGGUUAUGGUGGGGCUGGCUCGGGUGCUGGUUAUGAUUCUGGCCCUGGCGCUGGUUAUGGUGGACCAGGAGGUUUAUACGGAAGUAGGGCAGGCUAUAGUGGCAGCGGCCGUUACCAUCCCUAUGCCAGGUAGAUUAUCUUAAGCAUUUCCUAGGAGUUGCAUUCAGGCUCUUGGUAAUGAUCUUUGGCUCAGAGUUGAGUAGAUAUGGGAUCGCUAGCAAGCAGACAACAUCUAGAAGAUUGGCAGAACCCUAGUUUGUUCCUACUUACUAUUGUGGGACCUGAGACCCAUAGUUAAAUCUCAUGAUUUGUCUUAGUUUAGAGAUUUUCUUCUUUAUGAACUAUGAAUUAGCUAGAACCUUCUCUUUUGGAGUUCUUUUAUGUAUCUUUUGUAAGUUUGGUUUCUUUAGAUGUUUGUUACUCAGGCUCGUAUUUUUAUUUAGUGAGUUCAUCUUUCUGGUCUUGACAAGGUAGACUCUGA